AUGUUGGGAAAAGUUGCCCUAGAAGAGGCAUUCGCCCUGCCACGUUUUCAGGAGCGGACAAGAUGGUGGGCUUCUUUGUUUGCUAUCGAUCCAGAAAAACACGCCGCCGAAAUCACCGACAUCACUAACCAACGUAUCAAAUAUAUGGAUGAGCAUGGGGUUGGAUACACCAUCCUGUCGUAUACUGCACCGGGUGUACAGGAUAUAUGGGAUCCGAAAGAAGCACAAGCACUGGCUACAGAGAUAAACGACUAUAUUGCACCAAUUGUUAGGCAGCAUCCCGAUCGCUUUGGAGCUUUUGCCACACUUUCAAUGCAUGAUCCCAAGGAGGCGGCUGAUGAGUUGCGCCGAACUGUCACCCAAUACGGCUUCAAAGGUGCAUUGGUCAACGACACCCAGCGUGCUGGGCCAGAUGGUGACGAUAUGAUAUUUUAUGACGGGCCUGAGUGGGAUGUCUUUUGGUCGACCGUAACCGAACUUGAUGUCCCCUUCUAUCUUCAUCCUCGUAAUCCUACCGGUACCAUCCACGAAAAGCUUUGGGCCAAAAGAAAAUGGCUGAUUGGCCCGCCAUUGAGCUUUGCUCAAGGAGUCAGCCUCCAUCUUUUGGGAAUGGUCACAAAUGGCGUCUUUGAUCGCCAUCCAAAUCUGCAAAUUGUUAUCGGGCACCUGGGUGAACAUCUUCCAUUUGACCUUUGGCGCAUAAACCACUGGUUUGAGGAUGUCAAGAAACCUUUGGGCUUGAAAGAGACAUGCAAAAAGACCAUUCGCGAGUAUUUUGCCCGAAAUAUUUGGAUUACAACGAGUGGGAAUUUCUCGACACCAACACUGCAAUUUUGUAUCAAUGAGGUCGGCGCGGAUCGUAUCUUGUUCUCGAUUGAUUACCCCUUUGAAAAUUUCGCGGAUGCGUGUGUCUGGUUUGAUAAAAAUUUAGAGUUGAAUGACAUCGAUUAUAGGAAGAUUGGAAAAGAUAACGCGAGGAAAUUAUUCAAGAUUGGCGAUUUCAAGGAUGCGGAUGUCUAA